UAUGGUCAAAUAAAGCAGAUAACGUUUACGGGCCAACAUAAUGCAUUACACCGGUACCCAACCAUGUUCACAAUGUUGGGAAUUCAGAAAAACUCCCACAUCAUGGUGCAUAGAGCUGGAACGUUGAACCUCUUCUCAAAAGAACAUACUUAGCUUGAAGUUGCUCCCAUGGCUUCUCUGCCAUGUCCUGUUUUUGCAAAUAACAUACUCGCCGCUGAACCAGGAUUGAGAAAUGGGGCUUCGUAUCUUCCCUCUCCAGAAAAGGCCGCUGCUAGCCUUUCCUAUCAGAGAUACCCCACAACCACCACUGUCAUGGAGAAAACCACCAGUUUUCAACAGCUACAUUUCAGUGAAGCUCUCUCCAUUCUAUGUGAAGACCAUAAAGUUGACUCAAGCAUUUAUGCUGCUCUACUGCAAGAAUGCAUACGUAAGAAAUCAUUGUCAGAUGCCCAAGCAGUUCAAGCCCAUAUGAUAAAAUCGGGAUUCCAUGAGCAUGUCUUCCUUUCCACUUUUCUUGUCAAUGUUUAUUCAAAAUGCGGACAUACUGAUCAUGCUCGUAAAGUUUUCGAUUCUAUGUCUCGCCGAAAUAUUGUUUCUUGGACUUCUCUUAUGACAGGGUACGCCCACAAUUCUCAAUUUGAGCAAGCUGUGAAUCUCUUUUGUGAACUCCUAGAAAUUGGUUGUUAUCCGACUAAUUAUACAUUUGGUGCUGUUCUAAGUGCCUGUACGUCACUUGGGUAUUUGGAUUUUGGCAAACAAAUUCAUGGUUACAUCCUAAAAUACAAAAUUGGUUCUGAUACAAGCAUAGGAAACGCCCUUUGCAGCUUAUAUUCAAAAAGUGGGGAUGUUAAGUCAGCUCAAAAAAUCUUUGAAGGAAUUCCUGAUAAAAAUGUUAUCUCGUGGACUACUAUCAUAUCUUCAGCUGUUGAUAAUGGUGAAAGUGAGUUGGGCCUGAGACUUUUUGUUGAGAUGUUAAUGGCAGCGGUUGAACCCAAUGAUUUUACACUAACCAGUGUUUUGAGUGCCUGUUGUGUUAUUCUUGAUCUAGGUUUGGCGAAACAGAUCCAUUCAUUUAGUAUUAAAACUGGGUUGGAAUCCAACUUACCAGUCACAAAUUCAGUAAUGUAUACUUACCUGAAAUGCUCAAGGCUUGAGGAGGCCCGCCAUUUGUUUAAUAGCAUGGAAACCAUGAGCCUAAUCACUUGGAAUGCUAUGAUUGCAGGCCAUGCCCAGCUCAUGGAUUUGUCAAGUGAUGGCCUUGAAGCUAAUAGUAAUGGUGUAGAGGCCCUCAAAAUCUAUCUUAAAUUGAACCGGUCGACCAUGAAACCCGACUUGUAUAGCUUCUCAAGUAUAUUAUCUGUAUGCAGCAACCUAGUGGCCAUAGAACAAGGGGAACAGGUUCAUGCACAAAUGAUUAAGAGUGGGUUUCUAUCGGAUGUUGUGGUUGGAAGUGCCUUGGUUAACAUGUAUACAAAAUGUGGGAGUAUAGAGAAAGCAAUCAAAGCUUUUGUGGAGAUGCCCACCAGGACUACAAUCUCUUGGACCUCCAUGAUAAAUGGGUAUGCCCAACAUGGCCUGUGCAUGGAAGCCUUGCAACUCUUUGAAGAGAUGAGGUUAGCUGGGGUUCGACCUAAUAAGAUCACCAUUAUGGGUGUCCUAUCGGCUUGUAGUCAUGCACGCAUGGUCAAUAAAGGGCAAUACUACUUUAAGAUGAUGAAGAAUGAGUAUAACAUAGAACCCACAAUGGACCAUUAUGCAUGUAUGGUGGACAUGUAUGUAAAGGCAGGGAGACUUAAUGAGGCUCAUAAGGUCAUAAAGGGAAUGAGAAUUGAACCUAACGAGUUCAUAUGGUCUCUCUUGCUUGGUGGCUGCAGAAGCCAUGGUGACAUGGAGCUGGGCACUUAUGCAGCUGAGCGCCUUUUAGAACUCGAGCCGAAAGAUACCGCGACUUAUGUUAUGUUAUUGAACAUGUAUAUGUCAGCUGGGAGAUGGAAGGAUGUUUCCAGAGUGAAAAAACUAAUGAAAGAUCACAAAUUAGGUAAGUUACAGGACUUGAGCUGGAUAAGCCUAAAAGAUAAGGUGUAUUCCUUUAGGGCUGAUGAUAGAUCAAAUUAUCAGACACCUCAAAUUUAUGCUCUCUUGAGUGAUUUGCUUGAGAAAGCAAAGAGUUUGGGUUAUGAGGCAGAUAAGCACUUAGAGCUGGAAGAUGUAGAGGGAGAGGAGAUGGUUUCUACCUCUAUCAGUCAUCACAGUGAAAAGCUGGCUGUUGCAUUUGGCCUAAUCAAUACGCUUAAUGGUGUCCCAAUACGUGUUGUGAAGAACCUUCGAGUAUGUGGGGACUGCCAUAGUGCAGUCAAGGCAUUUUCCACGAUAACCCAGAGGGAGAUUAUCAUUAGAGACAGUAAACGCCUUCACAUAUUCAGUGAUGGCCGAUGCUCAUGCGGGGAGUUUUGAAUCUAUGUCCCACAUGUAUCAUAGAAUUGUAUGUUGAAUGUGUCUGAUAACUCUAACAAAAGCAUUAAGGAAUAAUGUAUAUUUAUAAUUGUAAAGUGUGGCAUCAUUCAUGUUCUUGGAGCUUCUAUCUGUUUGGCUUCACAUUGAAAUAUUAUUCUUGAGCAUUGUUAUAUCAUGUUAUCUUUUGUAAAGUGUGGACAUCAUUCAAGCAUUUCUAUGCCAAUAGUUAUUCCUUCAA